CACUGAUUGACCCCUACACGAAACCCACACGGCUGGCAUGGCGGAGGCAGUGCGGCUGAUCCUCGUUGGAAGAGGGGACAGGUAACGGGAACACUCAGCUCUACCUAUUCUUCACAUCCGCCUUCGUUCUCUCAGCGCGAGCCCGAACCCAACGAUGGCUGCCGUCCAUGAGUAUUCACAGCAACCAAAACCGCAUGGCCAGCACCAAGAGCCAAGCUAUCAGCUGCCGCCCGGCGGGGAACCCACGCCAGCUGCUCACGGGAGCUACGGCCAGUUUCCAUAUGCGCACACGAGUCCGCCGCAACAACCUCUCUCACUCGGAUAUCAGCCAUUCCCGUCGUCGCCGCUAUACGGCAGGCCCCCCGGCCAACUCUCAGAGCCCAUGGGCGGUCCCCUUGUACGAAGCGCGGGGUAUCCGCAACAGCAGCCACAACCACCUCAGUCCGGCGCUGGCCCCAGCCAAUCGCCAUUCGGCUAUCAAAAUCACAAUCCACAGCUCCCGCAACCUGUGCCUCAACCGCCACAACUGCAAACCGCUCACCUCAGUAGACAGUCGUCACGGGUUUAUGGUGGCCAUGGGCACGGAGACUACGGAGGUUCACAAACCUUAUCGACCCAGGGAAUGGCGGGCGGAUAUGAACAGUAUAACAGCAACGAGCGAGUUCAACAACUAAGGAACGACGGACGGCCUGCUUCUGCUUGGUCCACGCCGCAGCACCAGCAGCACCAGCAGCAUCCACCGCUGCCGCCGGGUUGGACUGCAUACUGGGAUCAGCGACUGCAAAAACACUACUAUAGCAACGCUGCGACGGGGCAGACAACGUGGGAACCACCGCAUGCAUCGCAGUAUCCGAUUCCGCAGACCCCUUCCUUUGCCCAUCCACCUGCUCUUUCUCAAUCGCCGCAGAGUCUUCCUCAGCAAUUCCAUCCCCCACAGCAACACCAGCAGCGACUUCAAACACCCAUUCAGCUACCUAUGAUCACCGCAUACCCAGUUCCACAGACCCCACAGCCUCAUAAUAUGGAUUUGUCGAUCGACACCGGUAUGCAGCAGUACAAGCGCCCUUCAACCGGAACUCCGACCAAUCAGAUGCACAUUCAGAAGCUUCCUCCUAUCGCAUCCCAUGUCGAGCUGUGUGCUGAGCCAAACUCUCCAGUAACCAACAGGUCAUCACCUCAGCACCCAUUUGCAUCACAAUCGGGUCAACCGUUGUCAUUCUCGCCCGGGCCGCCACCGCCGCCAAAAGUGCUCGAAAAAUCACUCAUAAUCACUCGCUUCGCCCACUCACCACCUCACUCGCAACUCGAAGUCGUUACAAAUACCGCACCUCACCAGCCCGCAUCUCACCAACCCGCCCCUCGCCAGCCCACACCUCGCCAGCCCACGCCUCGCCAGUCCACACCGGUAAACAAGGACACAUCCGCUUACUCCAACUUCGGGCAAGCAAUCCUGAGCCAAGUAAACACCAAGGUGCCUACCGGCAAGAAAACACCGGUCAAGAGGCCGCAGCCGUCCAAUAUAGAUCCGUCGGUCUCGCCACUCAGCUCACCGCCCCAAGAGCCCCCCAAGAAACCCUCUGCCAAACGCUCCUCGACUCCUCCGUUCAUGUCAUCAACAUCGCACGGCCCCCUCUCCAUGACCGAGGACGAGCUCUCUCCACGAGCAAGACGCGUAAAGUCGAACGACGAGGAACCACACGUGUCUGCCACCUUCACGGCCCUCGACAAUGAUCCCAUAUUUACCGGCUUGACGGUGAACACGGGCUUGAACGCACCACGUAACAGCGGGAUGGUGACUACGCAGAUCGUGCGCGUCCAUGGUGGGCAUGGUGGGCACGGUGGGCAUGGUGGGCAUCAGGGGACAAUCACGCCCCCUAGCCCCGCGAUAUCAAUCCGGAAUCCGAAGCCGGUCGUGCCACCCGGGGCCAUGGAGGUGCCCCUGCUGAGGCAGAGGGAUAGUGUUGUCAGUUAUGGCUCUCCGGGUGGAGCGGCCGGAGGAUUUCACCCCCCGCAGCAGCAGCAGCAGCAGGGUGUUCAGAUGGGGCAGCAGCCGCAGGGAAUGCAUAUGGGACAGCAGCAGCAGCAGGGCACGCAGAUGGGACAGCAGCAGCAGCAGGGCAUGCAUAUGGGGCAGAUGCAUCCUCCCGUCCACAGCAGCCAGAUGGGGCAUCAACAUCAACAACAUCCGCAGCAGCGAGAAGAUCCACCAGCGGACGGACAACAAAGCAACAUAGUGGCGUUGCAGCAAUACCACAGCGCCUUAGCGCAGCGCGCAGUUCUCAAGCACGAAGGAACAGCCGUCGAUCGCCUCCGCAUGCUGGCCGAGGACCUUGCAACCCUCUCCAAUACCAUUUACACGGCACUGGAGCGGUUGCCGGUGGGCUACGUCGAGGAGCUCGCCGGUGAGCUGAGUAACGAUUGGGAAAUCGUCGAGAUGGAUACUAUGCUGAGAGGUGUACUGGUUACUCAUGGAAGGGACGAGCAGGCUAGGCCGAAUGAGAGGUGGAGGAAGCAGGGGCCGCCGGGGUAUCAUGGGUAGUAGGUACUAGUAGAUUGUGGGCUAUAUAGUGGUAAUUGGUGGGUGGAUGGAGCAGGUUACGUGGGUGUUGUGCGGUGUGAGGUGUUUGGGGUGUUGUGUUCAUACCAUAGUUAGUUCAUUCGGUGUUUUGACUUUAUUUUUGCCCUGUAGGUGGGAUAUGAGAUUGCAAUACUAUAUGAAGGGAUACCCAUAUGUUAAUGGCGGAAAACGAUUAGCCUUCUCAGAG